CACUGUAACAAUGCGGGGGUUGCAAACUCCAAACUAAAAUCCUGAAUCUCUCUCUAUAUGGAUAGCUAUAUAUGGAGCAGACUCGCCUAGACAUCGUGAAAGCAUGAUUCACUUAAUCCGCUUAAUUUCAGUCAGGAAUGGAAUCGCACAUAAAGUUACACUAGCCUAUUAAGUGUCGCAUCGUGUGACGGUUUAUCCAACGGGUUUCUGAGGUAAGAAAACAGAGAUCGUAAACGCUUGUUGCUCGGCUUUUACGACUGUUCAAAUCAGUGUGCAACAACUGUCCUACAGGAGCAACAUAGUUACGAAGAACCCGUUACCAAGUUAAAUAAAACGUCAAGUAAAUUCAGAGAAUAGUGUUCUAAUGCAGUGAUUUGCAGUGACAAUUCUACGUUAAAUAUUUAUAACACCGACAUAUAAGUAUGGAAAAAACUGGAGGUAAUUUUUUUUCUCUAAAUAUUUAAAAUGUUGACCAAACCAUAAUCAGACGAACAAACCCCGAUCUGCGUGAUAAGUAUCCUCGGUGCGCUAUAGUCCAUAAAAUAUCACCACAUAACUUAAAUAUUUUAAUGCGCUAUCCUUGUAUACUCUGUGAGAAAAUCUGUGGGAAGGUGGAGGUGCAAUGCGCGUGUAGGAGGUACCGAUUUAGGCUAGGGUUCACAACCACGCACUCCGGUUGUUCGACGACUCGCACAAAUGUCCAUUCAUCUAUUGCUGUUCAACUCUGAGUAAAGUUCUUUUUGACGGGAACUUUCAAUGUAAAUUGCACCUGAAAUUACCGACAAAAAUAAAGCAUCUUGGCGUCGCUGAUCUGUUACAGGAUUGCGCGAGGAAAUAUGAUAACCUUGGAAGGGUGAAUUCAUCGUAUCUUUUUAAAUGAAACAAUUGGUACAGAAGACGGGCAGGUCUCGAGAAAUGCACGCUUAACGACAACGCUGUGGCGCGCUCGAAAUACUGACGGCUCGUGGCUCAACUAGUUUCCAAGUGGCGCUUUCUAGGAUAUUUCCGGUAACUUCAGCACAAUGGACUACAGGACUCUUCUGUUUCUUAUUGGAAGUUGUGUCUUGAAAGGAGAGCGGGGAGUGACUUGGCUAUAUGAAAAGUUAUGAUAGUUCCACUUAAAUAUUGAUGUUGAGAAAGGCAGAGUUAAGUGAAGGGCCAUUAUAAAGCAUAAACCCAAAUCAUACCUACUUCAAUAUACCCUAAAGAUCUGCACAGGGAUAUAUUAGAACAUUGUAACAUUUAGGAUUACCGAAACAUUUGUACCCUCGUCGGGAACCCGAAUCUCGUUGGCUCAUAUGGGACUGAAGCACUCAUCGCGGUGCCUGCUCCUUCGGAGAAAGAUGGCGGAGGCAGAGGGCUCGGAGCAACAACAGCGCACUGUUAGCGCCCCCUCAUCGCAGUCCCCGCAGCCUCCUCCUGUGCCGAAGCUCGUGCCCUCCGUUCGCCAUGUCCCUCGACCUCCUCACACUCCACACGUCUCAGCACUGUCCGCCUGCCCCGGACGCGGCAAGAUGGCCAAGCUCCUUAACCCGGAGGAGAUGACAUCACGAGACUAUUAUUUCGACUCGUACGCUCACUUUGGCAUCCAUGAGGAGAUGCUGAAGGAUGAGGUGAGAACACUGACCUACCGGAACUCCAUGUAUCACAACAAGCACAUUUUUAAGGACAAGAUAGUUCUGGAUGUCGGCAGCGGCACAGGAAUCCUUUCCAUGUUUGCUGCUAAGGCAGGGGCCAAGCACGUUUAUGGGAUUGAAUGUUCAAGUAUAUCAGAGUAUUCUGAGAAAAUCAUCAAAUCAAACCACCUGGACAAUGUGAUCACCAUCUUUAAGGGGAAAGUGGAGGAGACAGAACUACCUGUGGAGCAGGUGGACAUUAUCGUAUCUGAAUGGAUGGGCUACUGUCUUUUUUAUGAAUCCAUGCUUAAGACUGUCAUCUAUGCUAGGGACAAGUGGCUGAAGCCUGGGGGCUUCAUGUUCCCAGAUAGAGCAGCCCUCUAUGUGGUGGCUAUAGAAGACAGACAAUACAAAGACUUUAAAAUCCACUGGUGGGAAAACGUUUAUGGAUUUGAUAUGACUUGCAUUCGGAAUGUUGCCAUGAUGGAACCUCUGGUUGACAUUGUGGACCCCAAACAAGUGGUGACCAACUCCUGCCUUAUUAAGGAGGUGGACAUCUAUACAGUGAAGUUGGAGGAUCUGACCUUCACCUCAGCCUUUUGCCUGCAGAUCCAAAGGAACGACUACAUCCAUGCCCUCGUCACCUACUUUAACAUAGAAUUCACCAAGUGUCACAAGAAGACUGGCUUUUCUACAGCCCCUGAUGCUCCAAGUACUCACUGGAAGCAGACUGUGUUUUACUUGGAGGAUUACCUGACUGUGCGGAGAGGGGAGGAGAUCCUGGGCAGCAUUACUGUGAAACCCAAUGAAAACAAUGAGCGUGACCUGGACUUUACCUUUGAGCUGGACUUCAAAGGACAGCUUUGUGAUGCAGCCAUUUCUCAUGACUACAAGAUGCGGUAGUGCUCUACCAGGGAAGACAGUUU